GCUCUUGCGUUUCCUUGCUUUCAGCAUAAGCUCUUCUUUCAUUGAAGCCAUGAGCUCUUUCUCCCUUCAACCACAGAAAAAAAUAGAGACAACUUGUAAGAAUGGCAUUGGCAUUCUUGAGUUUCUUCCUGCCAAGAACUAUUUCGUUACUGGUGCCACUGGUUUCCUAGGCAAAGCCAUAAUUGAGAAGCUAUUACGAGCAGCACUCGACGUUUGCAAGAUUUAUCUCUUAAUCAAGGCAGAAAACGAAGAAGCUGCAUUAGAAAGAAUAAAAACUGAAAUAAUAGAUUCAAAUCUAUUCGACUUGGUGAGAGAUAUGCAAGGGAAAUCUUACCAAAACUUCAUGUUAAGUAAGGUGGUUCCUAUUCCCGGAAAUAUUGGUGAAUCAAAUCUUGGUAUGGAUCCUGAUUUAAUGGUGGAAAUAGCACAAGAGGUAGAUGUAAUCAUAAAUUCAGCAGCCACUACAACAUUCGAUGAGAGAUUUGAUGUAGCUGUAAACAUAAACACAAGAGGGCCAUCUCGAGUGCUUGAUUUUGCAAAGAAGUGCAAGAAACUUUGUUGUUUCAUACAUGUAUCAACUGCAUAUGUUAAUAUAGAAAACGUCGGAGAGAUUCUCAACCCCAAAAGCUCACCAUUAUUACACCCUCCUGUGGAUGUUGAUGCUGAAAUGAAGUUAGCUUUGGAUUCAAAUCUUGCUUUACGUGGAAGUGAAGAAAUAGUUCAGAAAAUGAAAGAAUUGGGCUUAGAAAGGGCUAGAUGCUAUGGGUGGAAAAACGUUUAUGAAUUUACCAAGGCAAUGGGAGAAAUUUUAAUUGAUAAGAAUAGAGAAGAAAUCCCAGUUGCUAUUGUCCGUCCAAGUGUUAUCGAAAGUACUUUUAAAGAGCCAUACCCUGGAUGGUUACAAGGGAUCAGAAUGGCUGACACAUUCAUUUUAGCUUACGGCAAAGGCUAUCUUCCUGCCUUCAUAAACCCUGAGGCAGUUAUAGACAUAAUUCCAGUUGACAUGGUUGUAUAUGCAAUUAUUUCUGCAAUGGCAAAGCAUGGAAUUACUAGGAAACCAGAGCUUAACGUCUACCACAUUACAUCUUCAAGAGUAAAUCCAGUGAAGCUGAAAUUCUUAUUUGAUAUGGCUUUUGAACAUUUCAAGUCCUCUCCAAUCAAAGACAUGAAUGGCAAAGAAGUUGAAAUUAAAAGAGUCCAAUUUCUGAACUCGUUGAAAGAAAUCUUCUUACAUAUAUCAAACGAAAGUAUCCCUAAAGAUGCGAAUGUUUCUCUAGGACACGAAAGAAAAUUAUCCAAGGAAAUAGAGCAUAUUAUGAACCAUAUUUAUAUUCACGGUGGUUUGAAAGCAGCGACACCUACAAAUUGUGGGAAGCCAUGUCUUUAGAGGAACAACUGAGUUUUGGAUUUGACGUGAAGAGAUUGGAUUGGCAGGACUAUUUUUCUAAUGUUCAUAUGCCAGGUCUAAGGAAAUAUGUAAUAAAAAGUCAACUGAGGCCAAAAAAUUUGCCAAAGCUUGUAGACGUUGGAGUGCAACGUGGAAACUAAAUAAUUUAUGCAAAAGUUACUGUAAUAAGCCUGGAAUUUUAUGCAAUUUCAAUUCAGUAUUAUCGUAGAA